CUGUUUCAUCUGUGAUGAUUAUUACAACUUCACUAUUAGCAACUGUAAUUAGCCUUGUUUGGCAUUUCCCUGUUUUUGUUUCAAUAAUAUUUUUUAUUAUUUUUGGUGUUGUCGAUGCUUCAUUUUUGAGUGCAACCUUAGUAAAGGUUCAGAAUGGUGGUUGGCUUACUAUAGCUAUUGCAUUAUUACUUACCUUUAUAAUGCUCAUAUGGAGAUGGGGUACGGUUCGUAAGAUACGUCAUGAAUUUAUACAUAGGCCUAACUUUGGUAAAAUUUUUGAACAUUCUGAAAAACUGGAAAAAGAAAUUUCCACAGAUCUC